AUGCUGCGGGUCCGUUUCCAGCAAAUCAGCGCAGCUCUUGCUGCUGCAGCAAACCAGCAGCUGAAGCAGCUGCAGCAGCAGCAGAAGCUGCUGCUGCAGCAGCAACAGCACCAGGGGCAGCAGCACGAAGUUUCUGGCUGCCCAGAAAGGUGCAGCAACAGCAGCAGUAGUGACCCGUUUGGGCCGCAGCGGGCUUCCCCAAGCAGUAGCAGCGGCAGCAGCAGCUGCAGCAGCAGCAGCAGCAGCAGAGAUGCCUUGCUGCCAGCAGCAGCACAGGGGUCACUGCAGCAGAGAAAAGUCUUUGCAGCAGACCCUAGGGAAGCAUUUGUGAGUUCGUUAGCAGCAGCAGCAGCAGCAGCAGCACCAGAAGUAGCAGCAGCAGUAGCAGCAGCGGCUUUGGGGGAGAUAGGCCUGCAGCAAGCAGGUGUACAGGCAGCGAUAUUUGGAGCGACAGAGCCUGCAGCAGCAGCAACAGCAGCAGCGCCUCCUGCAGCAGCAGCAGCUGCUGCAGCGCCUGGCGGCUGCAGCCAAGCGCUGCUGCUGCAGCAGUGGGACCUGGUGUUGUCUGCAGCGCAGCAGCAGCAGCAGCAGCAGCUCGAAGGCCCGCUGCUGUGUAGCUCCCUUAUUGAGAGCGCUGAAGCUGUUGCUGUUGCUGUCACGGAGCUGCUGAUUCAGCUGUCCAGACACCUGACGCAGCAGCAGCAGCAGCAGCAGCAGAAAUACCUAGAGCAGCAAGAGCAGCAGCAGCUGCCGCAGCGAGAACAGAACCACCCUCAAGGGGAAUCCCGAAAUUCCAUUCAGCAGCAACAACAACAGCAGCAGCAGCAGCAACAGCAACAGCAGCAGCAGCAACAGCAGCAGCAGCAGCAGCAGCAGCAGCUACUGCCUGGUUUAGCAGGGGGCCCCCCAAUAGCUGUAAGUGGGGGGGCCCCAGGGGCCCCACAGAACUUAAUUGGGGGGCCCCCAGGGGGCCCCCCGGUAGUUGUCAGUGGGGGGCCCCCCAGUAGCAGUGGGGUCCCCCCAGGGGUAGGGUUUAGUGGGGGGCCCCCCAACGGGGGUGCAGCAGAGGAGAAGCUGGAGCUGCUGCUGCGUUUUGCUGCAGCAGCAGAGGGCACUGCUUCUAUACUUAAGCUGCUAGAUAUGGAAAACGGCGCAGCAGCAGCAGCAAAAGCAGCAGCAGCAGAUGCCGAAACAGCAGUUGCACCAGCAGCAGCAGCAGCAGCAGCAGCAGCAGAACAGCAGCUGCUGCACUGGCCCCCCGUAAGAGUCCCCGCCCACCCUUUAACGCAGCAAAGACACAUGCCGCCUGCAGCGUCUGCAGCAGCAUCAGCAGCAGCAGAAGCUGCAGCAGCAGCAGCGGACGACCUUGGAAGAGCCCCCAGCAGCCCAGCAGAAGUAGCAGCAGCAGAAGCAGCAGCAGCAGAAGCAGCAGCAGCAGCAGCAGCAGAGACCCUCGUCUGCUGCUGCAGCAGCAGCAGCAGCAGCAGCAGCAGCAGCAGCACCCGCAGCAGCAGCAGCAGCAGGAAGAGCAGCGGGAAAGAGCUGCUGCCUUGUGGCAGACGCGCUUCUUCAUCCGAGGCAGCAAAUUGCUGCUGCUCUGGCGGCGCUUCUGUGACGGGCGGAGGAGGCGUGGCUGCUGCUGGCGCCCACCAGCACCGCGAACGGGACGGGGAGCAGCAGCAACACCAGCAACAGCAGCAGAAGCAACAGCAGCAGCAGCAGCAGCAGCAACAGCAACAGCAGCAGCAGCAGCAGGAAGCAGACAGCUGGCACUCCACUCCUUGCAGCUGUGGGGCGGCUUCUGAUUUGGACUGCCUGCGGUGUACAGACAGCCAGCUGCGGCGGCUGCAUGCGCUGGCUUCCUGCCUCGUGCCUGCUGCUGCUGCAAAGCCCCAGCAGGAGCAGCAGCAGCAGCAGCAGCAGCAGCAGGUGUGCGGCUGCCUGGUGGACUUGUUUGUGCACCGCUGCUAUUUGCUGCUGUGCCGCUACUACUGUGUCUGCGGCCUUAACAAGGAGGGGCGGGGCCUCAGCUGUGGGGCCCCACAGCUCGUGCUGCAGCAGCUGCAGCAGCAGCUAGGAGAGCCUUUUGAGGGUUUCGCUUCUCCCCUAAAUGCCAGCAGCAAAACUUUCUUUUCUUUGUUUCCCGACACGGACGCGCCCUUCGGCAGCAGGGGCCCGUUCUUCACGCAGUUCCCGCUGCUGCUGCAGCAGCAGCAGCAGCAGCUGCAGCAGAGCCAGGCUCCAGUCCUUCGUCUUUUGUAA